AGUACAUCCCACUAUGCUUUGCGACGGUCUGACAAGUGGAUCCAAGAUGGCGUAGAAAGUAAAGCUAGAUCGCUGCCAACGACACCUUCGAGCCAAAUAACGUUACGUCCGCUCCACUGUGCUGCAGACGCGGCUGUGGUCACUGUUGUAGGAUCCCACAACUGGAUCCCACAAAGCAGACCCAGUGUCCACCCACUGUAUCCCGCCAAAGUGUUUGUUGCUGUCCCCAUGAAGUGGCUGUCUGGCCAACACUAACAUUAGACGUUUUGUCCCUGAGUCAUGGCGGACAGGAGAGCGGAGAAGUCAUGUGAAGAAGCCAGCAGAUCGUUAGUCAGGCGGGAGUACGAGGCGGCGGUCACCCACAGCACGGACGCCCUGGUGGUCCUUGUACCUCAAGCCCCAUCCUCGGGUGCCCCUGCUCCGUCGAGCCCCCCAUCCCUUGCCACCAGCGGGACCCUCCGGAGCCGCGCCCUGCUCUAUCGAAUUGCUGCCUUCUUGCAGCUGAAAAACUAUGAUGAAGCAGAUGAAGACUGCAAACAUGUCCUGGUAGAAGAGAUUGCCAGGGGAGAUGGUUCGCUACAAGUCAGCCUGCGCUCCAUGCUGGUGGACGGCAGCCUGCAGGAGGUGGCCAGCAUCCUCUCCAAAGCCUUGUAUGGAGAGCCAAUGAAUGGCAUUGUUGCAAAAGACCUGACCAGGUUAAAAAUGCUCCUUUCAGAAAUAGAGGCUAUAAAUAGGGAGAUGGCACCAGAAUACACAGAAGACCAGGAGGAAGAGGUCCAAGAUGGCUGGCAGUACCGGCCUCCUCCCCGAGGAGUCACCAGCAGUGAGGAGUACACCCUUUGUAAAAGGUACAUGGAGCAGGGUCUGUGUCGGUAUGGGGCCCAGUGUACGUCAGCCCACUCGCAGGAGGAGCUGAUGGAGUGGCAGAAACGCUAUGCGUCACGCCUCAUCCGCCUCAAACAGCAGCAGGAGAGCACACACUUCACCGAAAACUACAUGGAGACCCUGAUAGAGAAGUGGAUGAACUCCCUCUCCCCAGAGAAAGUGUUAAGUGACUAUUUAGAUGGAGUGAAUGUAGAAACCAGCUCCUGCCUCUCUGUUACUGUCACAACCAAAAGAUCCUCCCACGCCUGGACAUUCUCCUUGUAUUGCAAGCCGGCAAGGAAGCUCCACCGCAUCGCCCUGCUCUAUGAUGCCCACCGACCACAUUUCUUCAUCACAGGCUUGUCAACUGGGGAGCGGCUUCAAGCACUCCCCCAAGGCUGCCAGGAGUGGACUCCAGCAGAGCAGACAGCCUUGGCAGAAGACAACGGGCUGGACAACUGUUACUACAAGGUAGCAGUGAGCUUCAGCACAGAGAUCUUUGGUACCUUCAGGCAGACGGUUGUUUUUGACUUUGGCUCAGAACCUGUGCUGAUGAAGCGGAUCAUGGUGGAUGCUGCCUCUAUUGAAGACCUAGAUUAUUUGAUGGCAGCCAGGCAGCAGCUUUUGAUGACUGCAAAGCGCUGGGACCCCUCCUGUAAGACCAUUGUAGAAUUCACCCCUAAUGAUUCGAUGGCUGACCUGGAGCGCAGCCUCCUUGUCCGCUAUCAGAUCCCUCUGUCGGCCGACCAGCUCUUCACCCAGUCGGUCCUGGACAAGACUCUGACCAAAGACAACUACCAGGCCCGGCUGCAUGACCUGCUGUACAUUGAGGAGAUUGCGCAGUAUAAGGAAGUUAGCAAGUUUAACAUCAAAGUGAACCUCCAGCUGGUUAACAGCUUUAUGCUGACCGGCAUUUCGGUUGGAGCCAAGUACGCCGUGAACGGACAGCUCUUCGCACGCUUCAAACUCACUGAAACACUUUCCGAGGACACACUGGCUGGUCGGCUAGUGAUGACCAAGGUAAACUCAGUCCUCGUGCUCCCCUUGGGCCUUCAUGGGGUCAGCUGCAAGCCGCCUCCAGGGGUCAAAGAGCGAGUUUACGAGGCUGUGAUUGAGGAGAAGACCAAGGACUACAUCUUCCUACGGAUCUGCAAAGACUGUGUUGAGGAGUUAGGGCUACAAUCUGACCGAGAACUACAGGUGGAGCUCCAGUUCCAGCUGAACAGACUGCCGCUCUGUGAGAUGCACUAUGCCCUCGAUCGCAUCAAAGAUAACACCAUCCUUUUCCCUGACAUUGGCCUUGUCCCCACCAUCCCCUGGAGUCCAAACAGGCAGUGGGAUGAGCAGCUGGACCCCCGUCUGAAUGCCAAACAGAAAGAGGCCAUACUGGCAAUCACCACACCCCUCUCCAUCCCUCUGCCCCCAGUCCUCAUCAUUGGGCCGUACGGCACCGGCAAGACGUUCACCCUGGCACAGGCUGUCAAACACAUCCUCCGCCAGGACACAAGCAGGGUCUUGAUCUGCACCCACUCCAACAGCGCGGCUGACCUUUACAUUAAGGACUAUCUUCAUCCUUACGUCGAAGCAGGCAAUCCACAUGCCAGACCUCUCAGGGUAUACUUCAGGAACCGCUGGGUGAAGACGGUCAACCCAGUGGUCCAGCAGUACUGUCUCGUCUCCCACACAGGGGUCAAUUUCCAGAUGCCCACAAGGGAGGACAUCCUCAGGCACCGUGUGGUGGUGGUCACCCUCAGCACCUCCCAGUACCUCUGCCAGCUUGACUUGGAGCCUGGGUUUUUCAGUCAUCUCCUACUGGAUGAAGCGGCCCAGGCCAUGGAGUGUGAAACCAUCAUGCCUUUUGCUCUAGCUAGCAAGACCACCCGCAUCGUGCUGGCUGGGGACCAUAUGCAGCUCAGUCCAUUCGUGUACAGCGAGUUUGCACGGGAGCGUAACUUGCACGUGUCACUGCUGGACCGGCUGUAUGAGCACUACCCCCGGGAAUUUCCCUGCCGCAUCCUCCUCUGCGAGAACUACCGCUCCCACGAAGCUAUCAUCAACUACACGUCAGAGUUGUUCUAUGACGGGAAGUUAAUGGCAAGUGGAAAGCAGCCCUCCCAUAAGGACUUCUACCCUCUGACAUUCUUCACAGCCAGAGGAGAAGAUGUCCAGGAGAAGAACAGCACUGCCUACUACAACAACGCUGAGGUGUUUGAGAUCGUGGAGCGAGUCGAGGAGCUGCGCAAGAAGUGGCCGGUGUCCUGGGGGAAGCUGGACGACGGCAGCAUCGGAGUGGUGUCGCCGUACGCUGACCAGGUUUUCCGCAUUCGUGCUGAGCUCCGAAAGAAGAGAAUGCAUGAGGUCAGCGUGGAAAGAGUGCUCAAUGUCCAAGGUAAACAGUUCCGGGUGCUGUUCCUCAGCACUGUGCGGACGCGGCACACCUGCAAGCACAAACAGACGGCCAUCAAGCGGAAAGAGCAGUUGGUCGAGGACUCGACUGAGGACCUGGACUAUGGCUUCCUCUCCAACUACAAGCUGCUCAACACGGCCAUCACCAGAGCCCAGUCCCUGGUUGCAGUUGUGGGAGACCCCAUAGCACUGUGCUCUGUUGGGCGCUGCAGAAAAUUCUGGGAGCAUUUUGUCUCCAUCUGCCACGAAAACUCGAGCCUACACGGCAUCACCUUUGAGCAGAUCAAGGCUCAACUCGAGGCCCUGGAGCUCAAGAAGACUUAUGUCCUCAACCCACUGGCCCCGGAGUUCAUCCCGCGUGCCCUCAGGCCCCUGCAGGGACACCACUCUUCGCAGGCCUUACACGCCCACCACCAUCCGCAUCCUCAGCAUGCACAGCCCGCCUCCAUCAAGCAGGGUCCGCAGCAGCAGCAGCAGCAGCAACAACAGCAGCAGCAGCAGUCACCACCUAAGGGGAAACAUGCAAACAACACAGAGCACCUGCCACCUGAAGGAUAUGUUCAACCGAACCCAGCCGUGCUGAUGGGAAACCCUAUUCGGGCUUUCUCCCCACCCUUAGGUGGUACACCAGCUGCCAUGGGCAAGUCGCCCAGUCCUGUGCAGAGGAUAGAUCCACAUACAGGCGCCAGUAUCCUCUAUGUUCCAGCCGUGUAUGGUGGCAACAUGGUCAUGUCCAUGCCUCUGCCUUUGCCUUGGCCAGGUUACCAGAAUCGCUUUGCCGUGGACCCUCGCAUCAUGAGCCACCCUGCAGCCAUGGCCUACAACUUCAACCUGUUGCAGGCUCAGAAUCGAGGCUCCCCCAUCCCUUACAGUGGAGUGACCCACCCUUCUCCUCUAGGCAUUGGUCAGCCCAGCCCUGACAAGGAGCUUCAGGCAGACCCCAUAAGAAAUGGUAAAUUAGAAGCAUGUACAAAGUCAGAACAGAGCCGUCUCCUGACACCAGAGAGGAAAUCCACUGACAUGAAGGAAAAACAGGGAGAUUUAGACACAGGCCAAAGUCGAAGUCUAGACUCUCAGACAGAUGGGUUAGUUGGAUUUCCCAAUGCUCUACUCCAUCGAAAAGACCCCUCGGCUUCCCAGAGACCCCUCAACUACCACCUGGCACCACCAAACGCCGCCUUUCCUCCACAUCCUACCAGUGGGAGACCCUUCCCCCCACAGUAUCCAGUCUCCAGGCUUCCAUUUCGGGUCAGUCAGCCUCAGCACCCAGGGAUGGCCCAGCAGAGUCAACAGCAGCAGCAACAGCUCAGUCCUGCCUUCACUGGUGGUAGCCACAAUGCUUCCUUCUUCAGUGGCCCCAUACCGCCUCACAGGGCUGUCCAGUCUCCAACUAUGGAUGGCCCAGAGUCUGGAGGGGUGGAGGAGAUGGGUAGCUCCAUUAGGACUCCAAUGGGCCACCCAGGAGGUCACCACCCAGGCAUGUCACAGCAUAACAGGGUCAAUAGCUUUGGGGAGGAUGGACAAGAAGGGACCAUGGGAGAUGGUCUGGACCUCCAGGGUCCCUUGGCUCUUGAGGCCCUGAGCCAGCAGCAGCAGGCGGCCAGGCUGGGCCAGUGGGGGGAGGCACCGGGCCCUUUCCUGCAGGGCAGCGUUGCCUUUCCAAUGCCGCAACAGCUCGCCCACCUUGCUCAGCCCGGCAUGCCAGCUCGCAUCCCCCAUCAACUGCUACGGGCAGCUAGUUGGGGACUUAGUGCCAAUAUGGAUGAUGAAGCUGUUUCUUCUGCCUCUGCUGGACCACCUUACACCAGGUACCCAGGCCUCUUGAGAGAGAUGGGCCCACAAGAACAGCCCGAACCCAGGGAAGCCGUUGAGAUGCAGCCCCCGCCUCAGUCCCGUCUCCUCCAGUAUCGGCAGUCCCAGUCCCGUGCCUCAGGUGACCCUACAUCCUCCUUAGCCGCCUCCUCCAAUCAUGCUGGCCCUUUCCCAUCAGGACCUUACUCCCAUGACACCGGUCGUGACCUCCUUAACGACAACCUUCUCAACAACCCAGCUCUGCAGCAGCAGCAGCACCCUGGUAACCCCCUGUACAAUACUGGUAGCUACCCACAUCAGCCACCAGCUCACCCUGUCAGCCCCCCACCCUCCCAAGUCAAAUAUCUUCUGCAAGAAGCUCAGUGGUCCCAUGGUGGAGCCGCAUCAGUGAGCCCACCACAUAACCACCUGUUGGGGAACCAGGGCCACGGCCAUGGCCUUCCUUAUGGACUUCCCAUCAUGGCUCACCCCAGCAGACAGGAGCAAGUCCAUCUGAUGCAACUUCACCAUCAGCACCAACAACAACAACAACAACAACAGCAGCAGCAGCAGCAGCAGCAACAACAACAACAACAGCAGCAGCAGCAGCAGCAACAACAUCAACAACAACAAAGUCAAGGCCCAGACCAGGAGUCCUACCACCCUCUGUCCCCCAGAACGUCAGCAGCCACAGCCCUUCACAAUGUAGAUGAGUAUGAACCCAGGGGUCCAGGUCGGCCUCUCUAUCAGCGCCGCAUCUCCUCCAGCUACCCAGAUGAACCAUCUCCAGCCAACCCCCACAAUGUCCUGUCUCAGCAGCCCCAGCCUUGUACAUCAGAUCCCCCGGAGCACCCCCAUCCGCACCUACAGCAUCACCAACACCCACAUGCCCACUACGGUUAUCCUCCGCAUGACAACUGGCCCAGUAAUGGCGGCGGUCCCGCUCCGUUCCAGAACAUUCCAUGUAACGGAGCCGGCACGCUUGCUCAGCAUCGGGAAAUCCUUGCUUCCAAGGCCCUUCGUCAGACGGAGGAGCAGGUGAAGGCUGAGACCACUGCGGCACAGCAGACGCACCCGCACUCCCUCAACUCCCUUCAGCACCUUGGACAGUUUCCCCCUCUCAUGCCCAACAACAAACAGCAGCAGCAGCAGCCGCAGCCACAGCAGCAGCAGCCGCCUCAAGCUCCCACAGAGCCCAGCCAGGGCGCCCCAAAUCUAAACAAACCACCCACCAUGUCCUACGCCAGCGCCCUGCGCGCUCCACCCAAGCCCCGAGCUGUUCGCCCUGAACAGGCCAAAAAGAACAGCGACCCCCUCUCCCUCCUUCAAGAGCUGAGUAUAGGAAGUUCAAAUGGUAGCAAUGGGUACUAUUCCUACUUUAAAUGAGUCACCUCGCUCACAUUAUACGUGAUUAAACAAAAACCAAAAAAAAUCUACAAAAAAAGCAAAAACAUUCUAAAAAAAAAAAAAAAAAAAUAGUGCAAAGUGCAUUUACAAAUUGUUUCUAUCAGUAGGUUUGUUUUAUGCAUUUUGUUUUUAUUUUUACUUUUUAUUUGUAAGUCAUCUUUUCUCCUGUUUCACAUAUCUGUGAAGAAAAUAAGUAUAUAUAAAGAAUGCAUUACUGGUAUAUAUACAUACUCAUUAUGUAUAUAUGAAUAUAUACUUAUAUUAUCUACACUUGUAUAUGUACGUAAUGCUAAAAAAAGUUAUAAAAAAUUAAUAAAAAAGGCGAGACUUGGUUGACCACUUAGCUCCCUGCUUACUUUUCCUUACUAAAGUUGGUUUUCCUUUGGUUACUACAUAAGUACGUUGAAGUUUUAACAUUUUGUGUUCCUCAGUUUUGAGUGGGCGUUACGUCUUGGUUUUCAGACUACUGUAGUUGUGGUAAUGGACGAAAGCUAAGUGGUCAACUGAGACAAGAAACUACAGGAACAGUGUAUAGAAGUAGUUAAUUUUUCCUCUAAUCUGUACAUAUAAAGAAACUUAAAAGACUGAAUUGUAUGCCACAGACAUGUCCUUAAAUUCCUGUAUCAUGCUAGCGUUUGCAUUAUAAAAUCGUUUCUGUUUGUUGGACUUCUGAUCCUAAAUUCUUAAACAUCUUUAACUGAGAAUCAUCUUCAGCGAUACUGUGGUUAAUGUGAUUAUUUACUGAAAAAUAACAAUAUGAAUAUUGAGAGCAUAUUUUACUUUUCACCAAUGCCUCAUCAGCCACAAUAGAUAGUAUAGAAUGAAGAGUUUUAAAAUGGCAACAACCAUCUUGUUCCUCCCUUGGUUUUGCUUUAGGAUCAUAGAACAUCAGGCAUGACUCUCUGUGAUGAGAUACUCGUUUUAUUUUAAUAGUCUUUUUUUGUGUCAUUUUAUUUCUUCUCUGAGACAGUCGUUUCAUUGUUACAGAGUCAAUUCUCAACCCGUGUUAGCAAGAUUUUCACCAGGGAAAGAUUUCGAAAACCUCUGGGGAUACAAAACGUGGUUGUUGUUGUUUUUUUCCUUAGUAUAAUUUUUUUUUGUUCUUCUGGUGACUAAAGAUCAUUGAGUUUGUUUUUUCUUUUUUAUGAAGAGGUUGCUCUACUCUGUGGGUUAGUGAAAGUGAAGAGAGUCGUGAGGUCAGAGUGACAUGUCGUGAUUGGUAAGUUGAAACUGAAGGUGUGGUCAACACUGCCAGUCAAACGUUUUUGAACAUGAUGAAUUUUAGCAAGUAUAUUAACUAUAGAAUAUAUACCCUGAAAUUUGAAAAAAUACAUAUAUAUAAAGAAUAUUAUGGGUGUAAAUUGUUUCUGUCUUUUAUUUGAUUGGAAAUGGUCUGUUGCUGAUGCUCUAGUUCUCGCACGCCUUUUCAUAGCAUAUGAUGGAUUGGUGACACAUCCUUUUCCCCAUUUCUCUCUGUGUGACAAUCUUUUAAUCCCUGAGUAAUAUGAAAAUAAUAUUGAACAAUAACCACUCAUCUCCUUCCUGAGCUGAUGUUUGCUCAGUCUCUACAUAUAUAUGGAUCAUUUCCCGUAAAAUUCUAAGUCAAAAGCAUGUCCCCCGAUUCUCAUAUUUUCAAAUUGCAGGGCAUUAAAAGGAAAUUGUUCUCCCAGUUAUUUUCAACACACUGCUCCGAGAUGUAACGAGAAAUAAAAACGAAAAGCAAUUUUUUAAGAAGUUGUUCAAAAAGGUCUGACUCACAGUGUGUCUGUGUUUUAUAAGGAUUCAUUGGUGAUGUUGUAGAAGUUGUUCCUCGUCAUUCAAAGAACGAUAUCAUUGGUUUUUAGGCUCGUUUGGUUUGAGUGAUAAUAUGAAAUUUUACUCCCUUUAAUUGAAAGUGUCUACCAUGCUAUUUUUGUUUUAUUCAUUUUUCUUUUUUCUAAUCUGCUCCAAACCACAUACAUUUAUUUCACGUCCCAAAAAACACAGGACAAACGUAACACAGGAUCAUUCGAGUUUGAAUUCCAGCUCGCUGCGCAAGAGUUUCAUCCCGACGCCUCCAUGAUUAGAGUCACGCAGGUAAAAUAGAAACAAAUGCUGAUACAGUUUAUUCUUUUGUGAAAACCCCACUGCCCUGUUUGCAAAUUGGUCUGGUUGUAAAGUGUCAUGGCUUUUAUACGACAGUGUGUCACUAUUAACCAUCUUUAAACGUCACUUACCUACAAAGCCAAGCCCUUACAGCUAACUACUUAGACGUGUUUCGACUAGUCAGCGGCGAGCCUCAUACAAGCUACGGUUUUACUUUCAACGUUUUACACAUUGUAAUUCAAAGGUCCAGACUUUUUGGACUUACAGCGGAGAACAACACAUACUUGUAAAUAUGCAUUUUCUAGGUAUUUACAAACAAGAACUUUGGGAGCGCCUCAAUUUUGUAGAAGCUAUUCAGCUAUAAAGAGGCUCUGCCCUUUUUAAUUAUGCAAAUUCACUCAAAAAAUAUAUAGGAUAAUUCUACAAAUGGAUGAUGACAACCCAGUUGGUAUAGUUGUUGUGACAUCAUUUUUUUUUUUUUUUUUCAAGGCGUCUGAUUUGACAAAGGAGACUGUGUUGCAGCUGUUAAAAGAUGAUGAUAAUUUCACUGUACAAUAUAUGUUUUUCAGUAUAUGUUGCUGGAUUUGUCCUGUUCCUUUCAUUUCUGACCACUUUACAGCUGUACAACAAUCAACAUGGUUUUCCUUUUUUUUUUUUCUUUUUUUUUUAUGUGACGACUUGUUUUUCCUUUCAUGCAUGUUGAGAUGACCCGGCUGGUUUUUAUCCCUGUUUUUAUCAGUUUGUAUUGAUUUGUGGAUUAAAAGAAAAAACGAGAAAGAAAAAAAAAUCUUUUGUUCAACCUACAGAGUCAAAUUUUAGUAUAUUAUUUGAUGUGUACGAUAACUUGUGACAUUAUCAGCAAAGCUAUUAUAAUAUUUUACUAACAUGUCAAUCAAAUAUGUACUGGUCAUGUAAGUUCUCUUAUUUCUUUUCCGCGGUUACUUAGCAGGGCUACAGCUGAGGUUGCUCCCUGGUGUGUGUGGAAUUAAAAAAUCUCCGGACACGCUGGUUGGGGGGGAAUCAGUUUUCAUCGUUGGCUAAUCUCUGAAGUUGUGCAAUACUAAUAUUCCACCGCUUCGCCAGCUACACUUUUAUUUAUUUUUGAAGCAGAAGAGGUUGAGCCAAAGACAUCUUAAAGGGAUUUUAUUUCAACUUUUCUUGAGCUGAUUUGUUUUCUACGCCUCAUUUUUGUGCUAAUCUACCAUCUUUAUAUUUCAAACAUGGAGGGUAGCCUCGGAUGAAGUUGGAUUUGAAUUGUGUCCACCUCCUAAUGGUGCACCAUAUGUCACCGUUUGAAGUUGAUAAUUUCUUGAAAACAUCAAAUCAACUUGUGUGUGUGUGUGGCACAUGGAAAGGGAGCAACCUUAUGCCCAGCCAGUAGAGAGCACUGUGUUCAGCCUUCUAUAGACGCCACAUCUCCUCCCGUUAUCCGUUCGCUCUCCUCUUUUCGUCCCCCGCUGCAGUGAAUCAAUGGCACACCUGUUCUCCCAGUCCUCCCAGUCCCAUUGGUUCUUCCCUCGUGGGUACAAAAUAAUGAAUAGAUAUGUUUUACUCUUCUUCAUUUCAAUUGGUGGUGGUUAUAAUAAAGGAUUUAGACUGUGUUUAAAAGGUUUAUUUUCUUUUUUUUAUUUGUUUCUCUAUUAAAGUGUUUUUAUUGAAACGUC